CGUAUGCGGCUUAUUGCAGCCAAGGUCGAUUGGAGAAGAGAACCCUUCCAGGAGAACUGCGUGUUGAUCAUGGGGAACCUCUUUGGGAAUCUGCUGAAGAGCCUGAUAGGGAAGAAGGAGAUGAGGAUCCUCAUGGUGGGGCUGGACGCCGCCGGGAAGACCACCAUCCUGUACAAACUCAAACUGGGGGAGAUCGUCACCACCAUCCCCACCAUCGGGUUCAACGUGGAGACGGUGGAGUACAAGAACAUCAGCUUCACCGUGUGGGACGUGGGCGGGCAGGACAAGAUACGCCCCCUCUGGAGGCACUACUUCCAGAACACCCAGGGUCUGAUCUUCGUGGUGGACAGUAACGAUCGCGAGCGGGUGAACGAGGCACGGGAGGAGCUCAUGAGGAUGCUGGCCGAAGAUGAGCUCAGAGACGCCGUGCUCCUCAUCUUCGCCAAUAAGCAGGAUUUGCCGAAUGCCAUGAACGCUGCCGAGAUCACGGACAAGCUGGGUCUGCACUCCCUCCGCCACCGCAACUGGUACAUCCAGGCCACCUGCGCCACCAGCGGGGACGGCCUCUACGAGGGCCUCGAUUGGCUGGCCAAUCAGCUGAAGAACAAGAAGUAAAGGUCUUAACGAGGAGAUGCAGCAGGAGUGGACACUUGAGG